AUGUCCAUUAUUAAUUCAUCCAUUGGUGGUGCACAUGAUGAUGAUUCCGACAUAACUAUUAUAAAUCCUUCAAUUGUACAUGAACAUAAUGAUGAGUAUGUACCUAUAAUAACACGUUUAAAACAAGCUAAUAAUUCAUCUGAAAAUAGACAAGCAACAAAUAAUGAAACAAAUAAUAAUAAUAUAUGCAAAGAUGAAAACACUGAUGGUAAACAAGAAUAUAUAUUUAUUGAUCAUAGUCCAUAUGAUAAUGCUAAACAAGUUGAACAAAUUUUAAUAUUUUAUAUACGUGAUCUUAAACAAGAAACAAAUACACAAAUUCUUUGUGAUAAACAAUUAAUAACACGUUUAAUGGAUCUUAUUCGACCAGCUUAUACAAAUGAUGAAAAUAAACUUAAUGAAUUAGAUGAUAUGACAAAAGAAAUAGCUUCAUUACAUGAUAAACGAUAUAUUGAACAAAAAGAAAAAAUUGAGCAAUUACAUACAGAAAUUUAUCAAUUAAAUAGAAUGUUACUCACAAAAGAUGAAUCAUCACUAAUUAAUGAUGAUAAUCAAAAAUCAAUAAAUGAUUAUGAUCAAUGGACGGAAAUAGAAGAUGAUGCAAAAAAACUUCAUCAAAUUGUUCAAUCACAAAGAAAUCAAAUUAAUGAAAUUGUUACUUUAAUAACUCAAACAGCAGCAACUUCAACUAGCCUCAAUCCAAUAGAUGUUCCUAUUAAUGAUACCGAAACUACCGUACCUGAUAAACCAACAAAACCAAAUCCAAGCAAGAAUGUUAUGAGUACUCUUUUAGAAAAAAUUCAACAUUUAGCUGGACACCAUACAGAACAAGAACCAAUUAUAAAUGAUUCAUCACCAAAAACAACACUUGAAAAUCAUUCACCUGGCGCCUCACCCAGUGAAUCAUUGGCUACUCUAACUUUUCAAUCAUUACAUCAACCAAUUGUUAAUCAAACACAAAAAAUUGAAGAAUCACAGAAUACUCAUGUUGAAGAAUCACAGAAUACACAUGUUGAAGAAUCACAGAAUACUCAUGUUGAAGAAGCACAGAAUACACAUAUUGAAGAAUCACAUGAUAAACAAAAUGAUAAUGAAAACUUAAUACAGGAAGAACCACGUAUACCAACUAAUCCUCCAUCCAUACCCAGUGCUCCAAAAGAAAUAAAAACGUGUCCUGUUUGUAAUCAUGAAUUUUUAUUAACAACAAAUGAUGAAGAAGUAUAUGAUCAUAUUGAAAAAUGUUUAUUUCCAUCUGCUAUAAGUACAGAACCAAAACACUAUGAAUGUCCAUAUUGUAAUAGAAAACUUCCUGGCAAUGAUGAAGAAGCUUAUCUUCAACAUCUAUCGGAUUGUAUUAAUAGAGGUUUUUAA